CAGAUUUUUCACAAGUUCACUGAGAUGGGAUCGAAGUACAGAUCUGUCAACGAAGCCAAUGCUCAAAUCUGUGAAUUGUUGACCAGCAGAAGAGCGCAAACGUGUUCCGAGGACUGGGUCACAAAUAAUGAUCGGUGUUAUUACGCAUCCAAGUUUGAAACAUCUUUCCGCAAAGCGAUGCAAGAAUGUUCAAACCGUGAUUCAAGGCUGCUGGAAAUCAAUUCAAGGGAUGAAGCGGUCUUUGUAUCCCACAAACUUUUAUACCGAAACCGUGCACACUGGAUUGGGAAAUGCGAAGCCGGGACAGUGGGCUUGGCCCUCCUGUACAAUGCGUCCCCGGGGACGUCCGACUGUAGAUACUGCGAGCCGCACGUAGGGAGUAAUCCUUGUGAUACUGAUCGGCGUUUCAUCUGCGAGAAGUCGGCUCCUAUGUUCCCGGAUAUUACUGAAAUGAUCCAGGGUCUCUGCUAACAGCCAGUGGAGUCGACAUGAAUCAACAGGGCGGCCUCACCGACGUCUUGUACCACGGCAACGUGACCUCCCGACUCCUGUACUCAGUGUGACAGACCACCGUGUCAAGUGUCCUGUCUACCCCAUCGGAUGUUUUCC